AUGGAACGUUCUAACAAACCCGCUGCCAUCGGACUGGGCACCUCCGUCCCUCAGCCAAGCGUCUCUAUCAAGGAGAACACCGUUGAAGCUAGCCUGCCUUCUGGUGAAUCCGUUACUAUCCACCUUUACGGCGCAACUGUUACCUCAUGGAAGGCUCAUGGCCAGGAACAGCUGUUUCUAAGUGAGACGGCUCACUUGGAUGGCUCUAAGCCCAUCCGUGGAGGAAUUCCACUUGUUUUCCCGGUCUUCGGCCCUCCUCCAAAAGACCACGUCACCUCCCCCCUCCCUCAGCAUGGAUUCGCCCGUAGCUCAAACUGGGAGUACCUGGGCAAAUCUUCUGCCGAGUCUGCUGAUAACCAGUCUGGCCAGGCUGUGAAGCUGGACUUUGGCCUCUCACACACUAUGUUGAGCAAGGAGUUCCGCACUGCUUGGCCAUAUGAGUUUGGCCUUGUAUACAGUGUCACCCUGACUAAGACCUCGUUGCGAACUCAGUUACAAGUCCGCAACGAGGGUACCAAGAGCUUUGAGUUCCAGGUCUUGAUGCACACGUACCUCAGUGUCGCAGAUAUCUCUGCAAUUCGCGUCAAGAAUCUCGAGUCCAAGACCUACGUGGACAAGACUCGCGAUGCAACCUCCCACACUGAGGCCUCGCCGGCUCUUGCUAUCACCGAGGAAACCGACCGUAUCUACCAAAGCCUUGAUCCCACCGUUCCAAUCAUCGUUUCUUCCGCUGCUGACGACACCCCCCUUUUCUCAAUCACUCGCGAGGCAUUGACAGAUGUUGUGGUCUGGAACCCAUGGAUCGAGAAGGCCAAGGGUAUGGCAGACUUUGGCCCGGAUGAGGCAUACAAGAACAUGAUCUGCGUUGAGGCCGGAUCUGUUUCUGGUUGGCAGACUCUUGAAGCGGGAGACUCGUGGGAAGGUGGUCAGAGCAUCAAGUCACGACUUUAA